GCUUUCCCGGGGCUGGGGCAUACUUCAGAGAGGCUCUCCCCAGUCCACCCCACAACCCAAGCCACCCGGCCUCCCCCUCCCCCUCCCCUUCCCUCUCAAAAAGACCCCAAAGCCUAGCUGCCUUUGGGAAGCCCCUGGCGGCAGCCAGCCAUGCUUCGGAAGCCCCACUUCGGCCCCAGGCUCUGUGGCACUUCUUCCUGCUGGAGACGACGGCGUGUGCGGGAUUGUCCCGGGGGCCGGGCGGAGGCGACCCGAUUUGUGGGCAGGAAGGGGUGUUUAGAAAACUCGGCGGAUCCGAAGGCGAAGGAAACGAGCAUUCCUGGCCAAACAGUUAGUGGGGAGGAGGGAAGAGGAGAAGGCGAUGGAAUGAAUGAGUCGAAGGAGUGAAUGAGAAGGAGAAAAGGCGACGACGAGGGUGCUGAGUCAGCAGAGGGAUCCCCAAGCUGCCCUCAAGAGGUCUGCGCCACGGAGGUCUUGGAGCCAGAGGUCGGCUGAGCCACACAGAGGGACCUCCCUCUGGCUUGGACCAUUGUCACUUCUGCGUCAAAGGUCGCUGGCUGCUGUUCUCCUGGCUCUUCUCAGCCACUUGACUGGAGUUUGAGGGCUUGCGGGGCUUGCAAGCACGCUUUUCAGCUCAAAAGCCGCCUCAGAGGCGCUGCUCUUGGGAGAUGCUUCUUGGGCGGCGGAGAAGCAGGGACAGGACACUGUACACCGUGCCAGAGCAGAUGCUUACUGGUCCACUCACUUACUGUCAUCUUAGAGGUAUAUCAUGCAAUUAUAUAGGGUGUAAGGGGUUGAUAAAAGAGAUGGAGAGAUACAUGUAUCUGAUGUUAAGAGGCUGAUUUUAGAAAGAAGGAUAGGUACGUGCAUAGAUAGGCAUGGAUGGACCGCUAGGGUGAACUCAAGGAUGCUUCUUAAAUGAACGCAUCUCAUAGUUGUUGUGCGUAGGGGCUGUCCUGUUCAACACUUUAAAGGAGUUUCCGGCUGGUGGGAUCUGGUGCUUCAAAACUCUGUUUUGUGCAUCUUCCUUUCCCAUCUCUGUCCAAAGGCUUGGUGUGCCACAUAGUCUCUCCCUCUCAUGAACACACAAACACACACUUCCUUAAUGCUGUGCGCAGAAUAGAAUCCGACAAGCGCCGGUCUGGAAGGUUAAUUAAGAAAACAAAUGUGGGUUGGAUUUAUGGCUCCUUUGGAGAGGCAAGUCUGUCUUCAAACGUCAGAAACUGAGAGUAGGCGGCGUGCAGGACCAGAUCACCUUCUCAUUUACCCCAAAGAAUGGGAAAAGACGCAUGGUUCUCUCUCCCUCCCUCCCUCUUUUCCACCUACCCUCCGAAACAGUCGUUUUAGGGCGAAAGUCACUCAUUUCUCCGUGUUGAGGCGUGGUACACGUGCGGCUGUGGAUUUGCUUGCAAAUGCCUUUUGUUGCUUUCUCGCUUUUGCGGCUUCACACCGAGUUGAUAAACAAGCAAAUCCAGCGGCGAGGGUUCCAAAGCCGGCUGCGUUGGUGUUUGGAGUGGUUUGUGUGCUUCGGCGCGAUUUCUCCAGUUAAGGGAAGAUAUCGCUGCGGUUACGGUGGUUGCAGAACGCUUGAAACUGACGAGCAGAUCUUGAAACUGACGAAUAAUACAAUCCCAUUCAGUUAAACCCAGAUACGUGGGCACAGAAUUGCAGUUUAAGACUGUAGUGCCAUCCUCACACUUAAGUGGGAGUAAUUUCCCUUGAUCCUAAUGGGAUUUACUUCAAGUAAACAUACAUAAUGUCUCAGUGCUCGAGAGCUUGGAGGAUAUUGCCUUUUAUGAAACGUUUAUUUCUAAAGUCUGACAGCUUUUAGAACUUGGAUAUUAGUGCUCUUGACUUGGAAUGAAUUCGCUUCAGCGUUUGCUUAAUGAGACUGGCCUUGAAUGGUAGCUUAAAUCGCCCCCACUCUCAAUAUUUGCAACAGCUUCGGGAUUUGGAGAGAGAGAGAGAAUAAUUCCGUGUUUCGGCAGUGAAGCUAUAGUUCUCCUGCGUGUCUGUGAAAAUACAAAGUCGGAAGGCAACCACUCUGCAUAGCUGAAGGUGCUUGCUUCUCUCUCCGCCCCCCCCCACCCUUUUUCUUCUUCUCAUUUGGUUAGGUGUGCUCUGGGAGUUUUGCAGGGACAUGCUCGGUCGGCGGCAGAGCGCCUGUUGUUAUGAUAAGCCGGCAGGAGGAAAAGUGGAGCAUGCCUGUCAUCUCACAGGAUUCGCUGGCUGCGAGUUGCCCAGCCAGUUGGACGGGUUGGGCCGAGUCUGGGAGCCCCAGCUUGUCAGGGCCAGCAAAGCGUCAGUCGCCUCCCUUUUUUACCCUUCCCUCCCCCCACAUUCCUCGCCACCCCUUUCCCCGAUCCUCAGCCCCAGAGGGGGGGAAAGGCUCCGCGGGGCUCCCGAGACGCGGAGAGUAGCUGCACAGCCCCGAUCCCCUGGGGACUGAGCGCCGAGGGGCGACGGAGAUCCCACGCGCCGAACAGGAAGGGCCCUUUUCCUCCAGCCCGGGGCUCCGGCGAGGCCCUGCCGCCGCCGCCGCCGCUGCCGGGCCCUCGAGUCAUGGACGUGACGCAGCAGGACGCCGCUGGAGCCGAGCGGCCGGGCCCAGCCGAGCAGGGGCAGCGGAAAAGCGGGGGCCCCGAGCCUGGCGCUGAGAGGGCCUCCUCCGGGACCGAGAGGGGAGCCGGAGCCCAGCAACUCUUGGCCCUGCCUUUCGAGGCGCCUGCCUUCCCGCCGCCGGAGGACCGUCACGAUGGUACCAGCAACGGGACAGCCCGGCUACCCCAGUUGGGGAGUGUAGGUCAAUCCCCCUACACUAGCGCCCCUCCGCUCUCCCACACGCCCAACGCUGACUUCCAGCCCCCUUAUUUCCCUCCGCCGUAUCAGCCCAUUUACCCUCAGUCCCAAGAUCCCUAUUCCCACGUCAACGACCCCUACAGCCUGAACCCUCUUCACGCCCAGCCCCAACCCCAACACCCAGGCUGGCCAGGACAGAGACAGAACCAGGACACGGGGCUUUUACACACACACCGAGGACUUCCCCAUCAGCUCUCCGGCUUGGAUCCACGAAGGGAUUACCGGCGGCACGAAGAUCUAUUGCACGGACCUCACGGCUUGAGCUCAGGACUAGGAGACAUCCCCAUUCAUUCGAUACCUCACUCUCUAGAAGAUGUACCGCACGUAGAGGACCCGGGUAUUAACAUCCCAGAUCAAACUGUAAUUAAGAAAGGCCCCGUGUCCCUCUCCAAGUCUAACGCCAACGCCGUCUCCUCCAUCCCCAUCAACAAGGACACGCUCUUCGGCGGCGUGGUGAACCCCAACGAGGUCUUCUGUUCUGUGCCCGGCCGCCUGUCCCUCCUCAGCUCCACCUCCAAAUACAAGGUCACGGUGUCAGAAGUGCAGAGGCGCCUGUCCCCGCCGGAGUGCCUCAACGCGUCUCUGCUGGGCGGAGUGCUUCGGAGGGCAAAAUCAAAAAAUGGAGGGAGAUCUUUGAGAGAAAAACUGGACAAAAUAGGAUUAAAUUUGCCAGCUGGGAGACGUAAAGCUGCUAAUGUUACCCUGCUGACAUCACUAGUAGAGGGAGAAGCAGUUCAUCUAGCUAGAGAUUUUGGUUACGUCUGUGAAACAGAAUUUCCUGCCAAAGCAGUAGCUGAAUUUCUCAACCGACAACAUUCCGAUCCAAAUGAGCAAGUCACAAGAAAAAACAUGCUUCUAGCUACAAAACAGAUCUGCAAGGAGUUCACCGACCUGCUGGCUCAGGACCGAUCUCCUCUGGGGAACUCUCGGCCCACCCCUAUUCUGGAGCCAGGCAUUCAGAGCUGCCUGACGCACUUCAACCUCAUCUCACACGGCUUCGGCAGCCCUGCUGUGUGUGCUGCAGUCACCGCCCUGCAGAACUAUCUCACCGAGGCACUCAAGGCCAUGGACAAAAUGUACCUCAGCAACAAUCCUAAUAGCCACACAGACAACAGCACCAAAAGUGGAGACAAAGAAGAGAAGCACAGAAAAUGAGGAUUUUCCUUCUCCACCCCCUGCCCAACUAGCCAGCCUAGCUCUCUCUUCAUUUCUCUUUCCCUCCUUCCCUCCCACAUCACCUCAAGGCUACAGCAACAGAAGCCCACAGAUCUUCUACCCCAGCCUAUUAACACAGUAGGACUGGAAACCUACGUACCCCACCCCCACCCACAAGCUCUCCUCCUUUCCUCCCUCCGGCACUUCCCAGUUCACCCUCAGUUGCUGCCCAGUCUGGAGCCUAAGAAAAUGAACAAGGCAAUGGAGCCAGCCUAGGAUUUUUAUUUUUAUUUUUGGUCAUCUCAGUUUGUGUGAACUUUUCAUUUUUUAAAAAAGAUAAAAACAAAUAACGACAAAAAAAAAUAAAAAAUAGAACUUUUUUCUAAAAAAAAGAGAAAGUACUAAAAUAAAAGAUUAAUAAACAAUUAAAUAAAUGUGGAGAAAAUAAAUGAGCUUCAUCGGACUGAAUCACCACCUCCCCUUACACAAACCUCCGUUUAAGAUUGUAGCCAUAUUUAAAAGAGAGAGAGAGAGAGUAAAAAAAGGAUGAUGAUGACAUUUUAUCAGUAUUGUGAAUAAACUUGAACACAAACCACAUGCAGUUCCAUGUCAUGUCUUCAGUUGUAGAACCUUUCUUCUGCCCAAGGUAAAGCAACCAAUUUGAACUUUCUUAUGGUGACACCAAUUCACAGUUCUUCUAUAAGGGGAUCAGUGUUCAUGUAUGUAUAUAUUUAUUUAUGUGUAAUUUAAUGGGAAUUGUAAAUAUGGUGAGUCUGUUUGAAACUUUUUUUAUUUAUCUGGUGAUCUCGUUUACCUCUUGUUUAGUGGGUUUUUAAAUCUUCCCCUUUCUUAGUUCCAUCACUGUGGUUCAUGGUUACUUAUUUAGAAAUUGGGGGAGGAGUUUUUUGGAGGGAGGGGGUGGUAUUUUUCUGGGAUUCAUCACUUCAGCCCUGUUGUAGCAUGUUUUUAAAAGGCAACAAUAAAGCAGCUAAACAAAUAAAAUAACCUGGAUUUUAAUAAUAUAUUAUUAGUAUGACCUUUAGCUUUUCAUUGAUAAAGGGACCCCUCCCCCUGCACCACCACCACCUGAAAUGAUGUUUGAUCCCCUUCAGGAGAGAUCCCCACCCCCAAGUAUUAGUAGUUUCUAACAAUCCCUUACAUUUUGUGGCUUAAAAAAGGAAGAAAAGAAACAAAAAGUGUAUAUCCAGUGUCCUACUGAAAGCAUCAUCAGAGCAAUAAAUUGGUAUUGUCUAUUCAGAUAAAGGAUUAGGGAUCUUCUCCCCCCCCCCUUCAUUUUGCUUUCCCCCCAAAGAACUUCCUUACAUUUGGGACCACCUGGUAUCCACUAUUUCCACUGGCCAUAUUGGAAGCAGUUAUAGUUGUAUUGUAUUGAGUUGUGCUGGCAGUAGUUUCCAUGCCUGUCAAUGUAUCAUAGUCCUUUGUUGCCCAGAUAAAUAAAUAUUUGAUACGCUUUA